GGCUACAAGAGCAAGCGCCGCACCGUGGACGCGGGGUCCUUCGAUCGCGCGCUGCGCCUGAUGAAGACGUACGCGGUGAAGGUGGACGAGAUACUGGUGAACGUGGUGCUGGAGGCCUGCGUGGGCCUCAAGGACCCCGACCGCCUCCACAUGGCCCUCGCCACGUUCCGCAGGAGCGGAUGGGUGAUGCCGAAACAGUGUGCCAUGCACACCUACGCCACUUUGAUCAAG